GUCAGAGUCAUCUAGUUUAGCAUCCUCAAAUAGGAAAAAUCAGGCUGGUAAAUCUUUUGAUGGCAAUAAUGGGACAAAACUUCUCCAUGAAAGAGGUAUAAAGACUCCAAAGAUGAAGGAUAUGUUCCAGUCUCUAUGUUUAGCUGUUGGAAUGGAAAAAGAAAAAAUAAGAAAAUUGCAAUCAAUUGGGUUUAUACAUGCAGAAAUUCCUUCACAAAUUACACAAUUCAAGAAGGCACUUCCUGUAAUUAUGUUGGCAUGGAAGGCGAAGACGAUUGUUAGAAAUACAAUCGAAUUUAUAGAGGAAAAGCAAUACCUGGAAGUGGAAAAAAGUUCAGAAGACUGGCUUCGAAAUUUGCAAAAUAGCUGUGAGUUAUCUCCUAAACGAAAAACAUUAUAUCGACCGAUGCUUCUAAUAGCCCAAAUAAAAGAACAAGACUAG